GAGCCUAAAGGAAACAGAGACACGCCGACGAAGUCGAACAUCUUCAGAGAAAAAUCCCGUCGGCAAUGGCGUUCAUCAUCGGGCGGCGCGCGCUAACGACAGUCCUUGGCAAAACCCUCUCUUCUUCUUCUUCGUCGUCGUCUUUGGCUUCUCUGUCUUCCCUCUCUUCUCGUUCUCGGGUCGCCGUUGGUCUACUGGACAAGGUGUCUUCGACCCAACUCGCGCCGGGUCCGUUUCACAUCCCUAACCGACCGAAGACAUCUGGGUCGGGAUACUCUCCGUUGAACGAUCCGUCGCCCAACUGGAGCAACCGUCCACCGAAGGAGACGAUUCUUCUAGAUGGGUGCGACUACGAGCACUGGCUCAUCGUCAUGGAGUUUCCUGAUCCCAAACCCACCGAGGAUGAGAUGAUCAAUGCUUAUGUCAAAACCCUAGCUUCCGUCAUCGGCAGCGAGGAGGAGGCUAAAAAGAAGAUUUAUUCAGUUUGCACGACGACGUAUACUGGGUUUGGUGCUUUGAUCUCGGAGGAGCUUUCUUACAAAGUCAAAGGGUUGCCUGGUGUCCUGUGGGUUCUACCAGAUUCUUACCUUGACGUACCCAACAAGGACUAUGGAGGGGACUUGUACGUAGAUGGGAAGGUGAUACACAGGCCACAGUACAGGUUCACCGAGCAGAGACAGACCAGGAACCGUACCAGACCACGGUUCGAUAGACGCCGGGGCUGAUGACUGAUCGGAAGCCGGCUAAUCAGUUCGACUGACCAGUCAAGGAACAUUAAAGGAUGUGUCGGUGCUUGAUCUGAUCCUGUCUUAAAUUCCCAUAUAUUUUUUUUCAUGUUAGUCAAAUGCAAGACCAGAUUUUUCUUGUUCUACCUAUAAAAGGCAUCGAGACGGGGGCUCUCUAGUCUAAGGAUCGA